ACCACCACAGGGUCAACAAGUUAGAAAGCAAGAAAUAAAAAGACACUCUCCCUCCAAAACAAAACAAAACAAAACAAUUUCCACAACGCAGAAAAAAACGUCUUCUUCUUCUUCGCCGAUAUUUCUUCUCUCUCUGUUUCUCAAGAAGAUAUGCCACAAGUGGAUCUUGAAACCCUAGUCUCAGCCUGUGCCGGAGGCGGUUCUUGCGACAAUAAGAUCGCCUGCGAAACCUUAGCCACCGACAAAGACGAUAACAACAAGCCAGAUAAUCAACUACCUGAUCAACCCGAGAUUCCGGCCGAUUUCCCGCCCGAAUCUUUUUGGCUCUCUAAAGACGCUGAGUUUGACUGGUUUGACCGAAACGCCUUCUAUGAACGUAAGGAAUCUCAGAAAGGUAACUCAAACUCAACCAGUCUUAAUCCCAAUCCCAGUUCAACUUCACAGAGAUUUGCCACCACUUUGAAGCCCAAACCCUCCAUUAUUGGCCUGCCCAAGCCGCAGAAAACAAUUGUCGAUACUAAAAGUAAGCGGAAUUGUAAACCGGUAAACACCCGUUGGUUCCCGAAACGCUCCGGUUCGACUCUCAAAUCGGAUGCUACACUUACUGAGCCGUCUUCUCCCAAUGUUUCUUGCAUGGGAAGAGUGAGAUCCAAGAGGGAUCGCCGUAGAUUGAAGCACCGCCAACGCUCUGCUUCUGAAUCAGGAACUCUAAAAAAAAAACCCGAGAAAAGAGAAAAAGCCGGGUUGUUCUCCAAAUUUCGUGCAAUUUUCGGAUCCGGUUUAAAGAGAGGAGCAAAGAGUGAAACUCAAGCAGGGGAUUGGAGAGAUUCGCCAUCAAGAAAUGGCGGGAAAGUCAUGAGUCACGAUAUAAGGGAGCGUUUGCCGCCGGGUGACGUAGACGCGCCGCCGAGGAAGAGUGAAGCGCGUAAGAGCGUUGAUGGCGAACCGGUAGGUUUAGGUGGAAUGAAGCGGUUCACGUCUGGUAGGAGAUCUGAUGCAUGGGCGGAUGACGUGGUAUGAUCUGGAGCGUUGGACUCGUAUUUCGUCGUGUGGGUUAGGGCAAGUGAGUGGGGUCCCGAUAAUUCCCGGUCUUGAUUUGGUGUCAGUAAAUGGUCGUUGGGAUGGAUGAAUGAAUAACGGUAUUCCCAACCCGGUAAAAACAAGGUAAAUCACAUUUCCACAAUUUCGUUUUCGUUUUUUC